AUGGCUGCUCUCAGUGUCGAGCGUAACCUGGAGCAAGUCCUGCAUCAAACUCGGGAACAAGUAGACGCUGGCGUGUGGACGUUGGAAGAGGCAGCACAGUUACUGCAGCGCCGACGGGCCUGGGAGUGCUCCCUCGCGCGCCUGAAAACUGGGAAAACUGCGGUUGAACAACUCCGUGAUACCUUCAAGUCGUAUAUCACGUAUGAAAUCGCGGUCCUGGAACUCAUCAGACAUCGUUUUGGCCGUCUGAAACGGAGCCGUGAACCCCAGCGGCCCGCAGCAGGAGCGACCGGGCUGCGGCGGCCCCGCGCCCAGCAGUUCAAAGUACUUGGGAAAAUGCGCCAACGCGUUUUCCAACUUUAUGAACGUGCCAUCUCUUGUAGGUCGUUGCGGACUGAUGAGUCGUUGUGGCUUGCCUAUAUGCGGUUCGCUGCGCGUACCGGAGAGGUGCGGAAACUGCGCCCGAUACUGGUACGUGCGAUGCACCAAGUAGGUCCCUACUCUGCGCGUAUUUUCGCAGUUGCGGCCGCUCUUGAGGCAGAUGUUUGUGGUUCCAUAUCGACAGCACGGGCGGUUUAUUUGCGGGGCCUUCGACAUCACGACCAGAAUGCUGAAUUAUGGGCGCAGUACGUGAUUUUCGAGGUCACCAUGGCCCUAAAACGUAUCGGUCGUGAAGCCGUCUUGCACGACGUGAAGCGUCAAAUGCCUGAUGCGGCAGUUUGGCAAGUUCCACGAACGGUGCGAUGCUAUGCGCUUACAACGCUCACGCUAGCGGAACUGCGUCAGCAGUUUCACGACUGCCUAGAGAGCAUGUUGAAACAGGUUGGAGGUAUUUGGCAAGAAGAUCCAGCGUUCUUAGCUCAUGCAAUUGGCGUGGACAGAGCUCGACCUGCACCCGCAACGCUGGAAGCUGGUCUCGGUGUGUCCGACCCGGCGAUGCUUUCCGCGUCAUAG